AGGGACUGGACCAUUGGGAUUAUAAAUUUCAAAAAGGUCACUCAACUCCCGGAGUUGGAUCCCCGAAAAUCUACCGUCAGCUGCUGCAGUUGCCACCACUCUCAGGACCCUCACCAUGAAAGGCCUGCUGUUGCUCACCUUGUCUUCUCUGCUCUGCUGGGUCUCAGCUGACAUUCGCUGUCACUCCUGCUACAAGGUCCCUGUGCUGGGCUGUGUGGACCGGCAGUCCUGUCGCCUGGAGCCAGGACACAGAUGUCUGACAACAAAUGUGUACCUCGGUAAGAUGUGGGUUUUCUCCAACCUUCGCUGUGGCACACCGGACGAGCCCUGUCGGGAGGCCUUCAACCAAACCAACCACAAGCUGGGGCUGACCUAUAACACCACCUGCUGCAGCAAGGACAACUGCAAUAGCCCUGCGCCCAGGCCCACCCCGGCCCUGGCCAUGGUCCUCCUCACCUCCUUGGCUGGCCUUAGCCUCUGGCUGCUGCACUGAGACUCACUCCUGGCUGCCCCUCCUCCCACCUGCCUUACCUGAGCCUCUGUCCCUACACCCUGGCUUCCCACAGUGGUCUCUCCCUAGCUCUCUUUGCUUGGAAUAACAUUUCUCCGGACGCUUCACAUUUCUUUAAUUAGACAGUGGUCUCCCUGUUCAUCAUUCCACCCCACGCCCUCCUCUCUGCUUUUCUCGAGUCCCUUCCCAUUUCCCUCUAGACCAUUCCAGAUCUUCUACUGGCCCCUAGAAGGGCUCCCCAUUUUGUAUCCUGCACUGUACUUGCCCUUCUUGGGGAGGCAUUGCGAUCUGGGCCUGAAAUGGGGCUUCUGUCCUGUCCCCAGUGAAGGCUCCAGUGACCUCACUGUAUGGGGCUGAUUCCCCAAACCCUGGCUGACAUUUGUAUGCCAUCCCCCUGCUCACCUCUCUCCAUUUUGAGUAAUAAACGUCUGUGUCUGA